AUGGUAUCUGCAUUAGCUGGAGGUGCCAUGGGAGCAGGAGGCUCGUUUGCGGGCAACUCGCGAGAUCAGCCAGAUGCUUUUCAAACACUCGUCGCUGACCUCUCGAGACUUCUUGGUCCCUCCUCAGGUAUCGACUCGGCGGAUGUAAAUGUCGGCGAACUAAAGAAGCUUAUGGAGGAUUAUGUUUCGUGUGAGGAAGACUGGGCGAAAUACGCAUUCUCAGAUCAUUCCCGCGGCUACACUCGCAACCUCGUCGACAAAGGAAACGGAAAGAGCAAUCUCUUAGUCCUCGUCUGGUCCCCUGGCAAAGGAAGUCCAAUCCACGACCAUGCCAACGCGCACUGCCUAAUGAAAGUCCUCAAAGGCAGCUUAAAAGAAAGCCGCUACUCGAUACCUGCGGACGCUGAUCACGAGACCGCGACGGCGGGGGCACCGGUAUGUUUGAGUGAGAAGGUGUAUGGCGUGGGACAGGUAGCUUAUAUGGCUGAUGAGCUUGGGGUCCAUCGGAUUUCUAAUCCUGAUGAGAUGGGGGUGGCUGUUAGUUUGCAUCUCUAUACACCACCCAAUGCCGCGAAAGCAGGCUGCAAUAUUUUCAACGAGAACACGGGCGCGAAGUCCCAUGUACAGCAGAAUAACUUCUUCUCCGAAUUCGGGGUCAAGAUCUGA